AUGAAGCUUUUGCGUGCUUUCGCUAUCACCAGCAUGCUGGCUGUUGCCUGCGUUGCAGCUGCUCCUAGUCUCGUCGAGCGCGUGAGUAGAUCAGCACCGUGCGCUUCACCGCCGCCGCAGCCGUUGACACUCACGCUGACGCAUUCUACCUCUUCUGAUCAACGCAUACAGUCACCCGAGCCACAGGGAAAUCGGGCACCAAGCAGAAUCCAAUGGCGAAGUGAAGAGGCUGUAGAGGUCGAGAAACGCGAGGCGUUCAGCGGUCGCCCAAUCUCCUGGAAGCGUGGUCCCCAUCCCGAGGCAGACCCGCGUCGCCCUCCUUCCUGGAAACGCGAAGCCAAUCCCGCACCUGAAGCCGAGGCACGUCGUCCUCCAAACUGGAAACGCGAGCGCAAGCUUGGCCCCGUUCGUCUGCCUGCUUGGUAG